UGUAUAUUUAGAAAAAAGAAAUAUGACUCAUAACCCUUUAGAUAAAAUAAACGCUCUUGAUGCUAUUGAAAAGGAUAUCAUUCUUUGUUUACAAAGUGCAGGACAAGCUUUACAAGAGCUUGGUAAAGAAAAAUCAUCUUUGAAAGCUGCGGAAAACCAUACACAAUUGUUUAUUAAAUCAUUACAAUCGGUGGAAAGUAAGCUAAGCGAACAAAUUAAUUAUUUAACACAAGUAUCAACUGGUCAGCCUCAUGAGGGGUCUGGUUAUGCUUCAACUAAAGUUCUACAAAUGGCAUGGCAUAGGAUACAUCAUGCAAGAUCAAAAGUACGUGAAUUAGAAGAUUGUAAAGCAAAAUACACGCAACAUGCGGCUGCUAGACAACAACAGCGACCUGGUGAAUUUUUUAAUCAACAACAAUAAAUAAUACACAACAUAAAAAUUAGUUUAAUGGAUGAUUUAUUUAAAUAUUAUGUAUGUGAAAAUAAAAAGAAUAAUUUUAA